AAUUCGCAUAGUUAGUUGUCUACUCUACGCCGCAACGCAAAAUGAUGAUCCAACUAAUGACAGCGGCGUCGAGUCAGCGACGCACAGAAGGGCUCGUGGGCGUUCGGCAUCUUCUCCCGGCAGCCAUCGCCCGAUUCCGCAUCAUUCCUCCGAUCCCAACGAGCUUUUGCCUGCUGGCGGCUGACUCCUCAUCCUGUUUAAAGCUUGAGCCGCCUCUCGUCCGACAACCAUCAUUCUGUAUGUUACUUAGAGCCGGGGGCAGGAUGAGCUCCGGCGGCUGCUCGACGUGCCUGGAGAUCAUCUUCGCCGCCGUGCUGCCACCGCUCGGCGUCUUCUUCCGCUACGGCUGCUGCAGCUCGCAGUUCUUCAUCUCCCUGCUGCUGACGGUGCUCGGCUACGUCCCCGGCAUCGUCUACUCCGUCUACGUCAUCCUAAAGAUGCCGCCAGAGCUGCCCGGCAUCGACGGCGACCGGCCCUACUACAUCCUCGCCUGAGGAUCUCCUUCGUCCAUAUUCGUACAUACUGCUGUAGCGUAGCUUUCUGUAUACUUCUAUAAUGUGUCGCCAUUUGUUUGGUUGGGGAUUGGCUUGUGAGUUGUGCGUAGCUAGUGGUUUGAGGGGAUUCCUCUCGAUUCUUUGUGUAGCGGCCGGUGGUUGUACCUGUAGUCUCAUUUCUUGGCCUGUAAUUAAGCUGUGCGUAGCUAGCUUAGUGGUUUGAGGAAAUUCUUGGCGUAGCGGUGGUUGUACUUGUGCUGUUCGUUCUUGAUUCUCAGGAUUGGUGGCAUGGCAAUGGCAUAUGGUGCUUAAUUGGUUCGGCUGUCGGUUCUCUAGGACUUAUAUAAACCCGCUGCCGGCUCCCGAGCCAGCUGUUGAAAGAAUAAGUAAUGCAGUGACAGAUCUUCACCA